GUCACUUUCAACGUUACCAUGACAGGAAAUGCAACAGAGCUGGAACCCAAGAACACAGCUUAUGCUCUGGUCUUCGGAUCGGUCAUGGCUCUGGGUUUGCCUCUCAACGCUGUGUCACUGUGGAUCCUGCUCCAUCAUCACAACAGAAAAUCACCCAGCGCUGUGUUCAUGGUCAACCUGGCCAUCUCGGACCUGCUGCUCGUCAUCUCCCUGCCCACGAGGGUCUACUUCUACGCCACCGGUACCUGGCCUCUGGGCGGUAUGGCCUGCAUCUGGAUCACAAUGCUCUUUCGGAACAACAUUCGCUCUAGUUCCAUCUUCAUCACCUUCAUCAGCAUGGACCGGCUGCUGGCUGUUGUUUAUCCGCUGAGGUCACGCCACGUGAGGACUGUUUCCAAUGCUGUAAAGGCCUCUGCCCUCAUUUGGCUGAUUGUGGUAUUGGUGAACAUCCCAGAGAGUGUGAGCUUUUCAAGGAAUUUAUACAACUACAGCAAACCAACAUGUUUUGAAUUUCCUCACAUGAAGGAAGUGGACAAAUCACCUGUGGUUUAUUUCCAACCUGUCUUAGUCAUCAUACUCCUGGCUGUCAAUAUUGUGUCAACCUCUUUGGUGUCUUGGACGGUACAAAAACACCUCAGUGUCUCAGCAAAGGUCAACAACAAGGUGAAUGUCAUGCUACUUUUUGUGAUGAACUUGAUGAUGUUCAUCAUAUUUUUCCUGCCUGUAUCAUUGUAUCUCUUCAGAGACUGGAAAACGUCCAUUACACCACUGAUAUGUCUUGCGAGUGUGAACUGCUGCUUCGACCCUCUACUGUAUUACUUUUCCUUUGAUGGAUUCUGGAAGAAAAAUGAGGGUACAGAGUCUUCAAGAGAAUAGUUGGUGAAAACAACAGAGAGGAAAUAGUGGCAUUAAGAAAAAUUUAGAUGUGUUUGUUGUGUCUGUGUUUAAGAUAAAAACUGAAAAUUUUGUUUUAUAUUAAUAAAAGCUAUUUGAUUAGAUUAUUACUUGUGCUUUUGAUUUUUGUAGAAGUCAAAGACAAAUACACCAGAAAAAAAUAUCUUAAACUGAA